AUGAACGACAUGGCUCACCCUUUAAAUCAACAGUUCACAGUUGAAGUCCUGGAAAGACAGCUCAGCCAGCUGUUCAGAUUUCGUCUCGAUGUGAACGACCUCGACCCCGAGAGCACCAUCAUCCAGUGCAACAAGGAAACUGAAGGCCCAGUCACCUUCGUCCAUCCGAUCGAAGGUAUCGCCACUCCACUGAAUCGAGUCAUGUCCAAGUGCACCUUCCCCGCCUACUGCUUCCAGUUCACGAGGCAUGCACCCACCGACUCCAUCGAAAGCGUCGCCGACUACUACAUCAAGGAGAUGAAGAAGGUGCAACCAGAAGGUCCAUACCGACCAGUCCUGCAUCGCGACGGCUCCUGCAUCGCCUUCGAAAUGGCCACCAAACUCCAGGAACAGGACGGCCCCAGAAGCGUGGAAAAACUCAUCUUACUCGACGGAUCUCACUUGUACAUGCAAACCUACCGUAACGUCUAUCGCCAUGCCUUCGGCGUGACCGGUGACACGCUGGUCGACAACCCCCUCUUCGAAUCCGACAUCUUUUGCGCCAUAACGUUAAGGUUCAUCGACCUUGACAAGAAGUUACGCACAGAAAUGGUCCAACUCCCCAACUACAAGGCCAGAAUCAACAAGAUCCUGGAGACAGUGAUAGAGAGCGGCUUCUUUGAAUCGCCAGAACCGUCGCAUUUGCUUGCGAAGCUAUGA